UUCGAUCCCCGGCAUCGGCGCUUUGUUGUCGUCAACUGAAUUUUUCCCAGCCUUUCCUUUCCAUCUUCAAAGACGGCAGAGAUUUUCGCAAUCAUUUUUUCUUCGCCCUCGUCUAAGGUAAUUUGGUCAUGUCCGUCUCGAGCGCUCUCGAACAAAUGGCUGCUCUGUCACAGGACGAUCGAUUAGCCUCUCGCAAUUCCCCCUGCACUUCCUCCGCCUCCCCCUCUUCCGCCUCCGCCGCCUGCUGCGCGUGCCAUGGCGCCUCCGCUCCCCCGAUGCACCAGUCGUUGGAGGAGAUGGACUUCGAGCGGGGCCUUGGGGGUGCCGCGCAACGGGGGGACGUUGCGCGGGUGCGCUUUCUGCUCAGUCGAGGCGCUUGCGCGGACGGGUGCCUGCCACGUGGCACCGACGGAGGGGAUACCGGCAGCGCGCCACCGAACGGGCACACGCCUCUGAUCUACGCCGCGCGUGCCGGACACGUGGAGGUCUGCGAUUUGCUGCUGAAGCACGGGGCUUCAGUUGGAGCAAGGACGAGAGCAGGGGCUGCCACCGCUCUGCACCGCGCUGCCGGGGCGGGGCAUGAGCAGGUGGUGCAGCUGCUGCUGGCGCAUGGUGCUGACGUAGCAGCUGUGGAUUCUGAUGGGUUGACUGCUGCGGAUAAAGCCAGGUGUCAGAAUCAUGAGAACAUUGUAGCCCUAAUCUCUCCGCACCAGCUGAAGCCCUAAUGACUGCUGGCUGGCAUUGUGACUUAGUGCCCCAAGAUAAAAUAGCAAACCCCAUUCAAAUUGGACCCAGCUUGAACAAGAAAAUGGGCUUGGUUAGAAGAAGAGUUGGGUUUUUUUGGGGGGGGCAGCUGGCUAUGUUCGGGAUAGAUUCGGAAGCAGUUAGUGCAUGGAAACUAUCGAAUUCGAGGCGGGACUUACUGUUCACUUGCUCGUGUGACGACAAUCUUGCCUCUCGUACAGCUGGCGAGGCGUCGCACUACUUCAGAUCCCGCUGUGACACCCCAGAAAAAAACCUGUGUCAAAGUAGUGAAGUGAGCUCUAGGGAGCCAUGUGACAUAAG